UGGGUCCUGUGGGCAAAGCAUGGCCAAGCGCCUCUGCUUGCUUGCUUGAUUGAUUGAUUGACUGAUCAGUUAGUUCAUUCAAGAUGUGCACAGCCGCAGAGGAGAUGGUGUGUUUCUCUGCCUCCGGGGACCUCAGCUUCCGGUGGGGGAGACAGACUUUAAACCCGAAAAAUAAUAAGCAGGCCCGGGAGAGAGCGGGAAGAGCACGUUCAUCAAACAAAUGCGGAUCAUCCAUGGGGCGGGCUACUCGGAGGAGGACCGCAGGAGCUUCCGGCCCCUGGUCUACCAGAACAUCUUCGUCUCCAUGCGCACGAUGAUCGAGGCCAUGGAGCGGCUGCAGAUCCCCUUCAGCUGGCCCGAGAGCAAGCACCACGCCAACCUGAUUAUGAGCCAGGACCCCUACAAGGUGACCACCUUCGAGAAGCACUACGCUAUGGCCAUGCAGUGGUUGUGGAGGGACUCCGGCAUCCGCGCCUGCUACGAUCGCCGGCGCGAGUUCCACCUGCUUGACUCUGCAGUGUACUACCUGUCGAAUCUGGACCGCAUCACUGAGGAGGGCUACAUCCCCACUGCACAGGACGUGCUCCGCAGCCGCAUGCCCACCACUGGCAUCAACGAGUACUGCUUCUCUGUGCAGAAAACCAACCUGCGGAUCGUGGAUGUCGGGGGCCAGAAGUCAGAACGCAAGAAGUGGAUCCACUGCUUCGAGAACGUGAUCGCCCUCAUCUACCUGGCCUCGCUGAGUGAAUACGACCAGUGUCUGGAGGAGAACAACCAAGAGGCCCGAAGCAGGACGCGGAGGCAGCCAAGAAGUUCAUCCUGGACAUGUACACCCGCAUGUACGCCGGCUGCGUGGACGGCGGGGACGGGAGCAGGAAGGGCCCGCGCUCCCGCCGCCUCUUCAGCCACUACACGUGCGCCACGGACACGCAGAACAUCCGCAAGGUCUUCAAGGACGUGCGGGACUCGGUCCUGGCCCGCUACCUGGACGAGAUCAACCUGCUCUGACCCGGGCCCGACGCUCCACUCCGGACUCGGACCCGCGCGAGGCGGGCGGGACGUGCGGGCGCUGGGCGCUGGGCGCGGGGCGGGCCGGCGCUCCGCAGGCUCCAGCCCCAGGCCCAGGCGGCGGAGGGGCCGCGAGCGAGCCGGGCUGGGAGGCCCGUCGCCGCCGCCUCCCUGGUCUGCCCCUCGCCGGGCCGGCCUCCGUGCUCUCCCCCGCCCGCGACUCAGUGUGUCUCCUCGGAGAGGGCACACGGUGGCCGUUUGGGAGGCCGGGGUGCAGGGGAAGGUGGGAAGAGCAGGGGCUCCCGGGCCUGGGUGGAUAGGGCUCUCUCAGGACCCCCACGUCCAGGUACGUCCCCUCCCGGGCAGGUGUCUGGGACCCUUUUGGGGGCGACGCACCAGCCGCCGGAUGGGGGCGUGGACCCUGGUGCGCAGGGACGCGGACUCUGGCGCCCCCCGGCGGACAGGAGCCGGCGCCGCAGCCUGAGGUCUGCGCAGCUCAGGGACUUCCGUGUCCUUAAGCGAAAGACACACCCGGAAAACGCUGUCCUUUUCAGAGCCUCGUGGCUCGGCGUGUGUCCUGCCCCAGUCUGCAGAUGAAAGAAACCGAGGUCCACAGGCAUGCCCCCUUCCUUCCCAGGCUGGGGCCCGGCGCGCUGCAUCUCACAACCUUCUGUAUUUAUUCCCUCGCCUGCUGCGGGGCCCCUUGCAGGGUGGACAUUAAAGAAAUGACAUUCUGGAAACCUUGGGUUUCUCAGGGGCGUCCUGUGUAACAACCCCCACCCCACUCCCCCCCACUCCCGCUCCGCGCGGUCCCAUCUCAAGUCGCCUUGUCCCAGGCAGGACAGCGACAUGGCAAAGGAAGGAAAAAGGUCUACUUGUCAUGCACCCACUAAUGCAGGGUACGGUGCCCACAGCUGUGGGGGAUUGUGUGCACUUGGAGCCAGGAAGUGGAGUCCAACCUGUCUCCCUGGCCCCGGGGGACAUUUGAGCCGACCCUCUGUUGCUACUCAUGCAAAAUGCCAGCAGCAGCAGACACCACCCAUCUCUGAUGGAGAUGAAGAUGACUCCACUUACUCCAGAUCCUGGUCUCCCACCAUCCUCAGGGCUGCCCCACGUGGCACAAGCCCCAUCACCCCCCAUGUUACAGAUGAGGAAACCAAGGCACAGAGAAAGUGAAUAAUUUGACUAAGGCUACACAUGUGGGUGGUGGCCAAACCAAGAUCCUGUUAUUCAUUCAACAGUUUUUUGUUUUGUUUUGUUCCACUUUUUUAAAAAUAAACUUUAUUUUUAAAAAUAGGUUUACAGAAAAAUUGCAGAUACAGAGUUGCCUUAUAAAACCACACCUGAUUUCCCAUAUUAUUAAUAUAUUAAUAUGGUACUUUUUUAUAAUUAAUGAACCAAUAUUGACACAUUAUUAACUGAAAUCCAUUCUCUAUUCAGACUUCCUGUUUUCCCCUAAUGUCCUUUUUCUCUCCUGGGACCCCACCCAGGAUCCCACGUGACGUUUCAUCAUCACGUCUCUUAGGUUCCUCUGGGCUGUGAUGGUUUCUCAGGCUUUCCUCAAUUUUGAUGACCUUCGAGGAGUGCUGGUCAGCUAUCCUUUUACUUUCCCAGGGCUGCUGAAACAAAGUACCACAGACAGAGGGGCUUAAAAGCAAACAAAUGUGUUCUCUCGCAGUUCUGGAGGCAAAGUCUGAGAUUAAAGUGUCAGCAAGGCUACGCUCUCUCCAGAGGCUCUCGGGGAAGGUCCUUCCUGCCUUCUCCAGCUUCUGGUGGUUCUAUCUGUUCCUUGGCUUGUGGCCACAUCUUUCCAGUCUCUGCCCCUUCUUCACGUGGUCAUCUCCUCUUGUGUGUGUCUGUGUCCAAAUUUCCCUCUCCUUAUAGAGACACCACUUACACUGAAUUAGGCCCACCUGAAUGACCUCAUCCUAACUUGAUUCUAUCUGCAAUGAUCUUAUUUCCAAAGAAGGUCACACUCCCAGAUACCAAGGGUUAGGACUUUGGCACAUCUCCUGACAGGUAUUUUGUCAAACAUCCCUCGGCUGAAUUUCGCCUGACAUUUUUCUUGUGAUUAGACUAAGGUUAGGAUUUUAGGGAGGAAGAAACACAGAGGUGAAGAAGGUUUCGUCCCAUUAUAUCGAGUACAUGCCGUCAACAUGACCUUGGGCCCCUGUCUGAGUGAGGUAUCCAUCUCUUUUAAAUAUUUAUUUUUGUUUAUUUUUGGCUGUGUUGGGUCUUCAUUGUUGCAUGCAGGCUUUCUCUAGUUGCCGCGAGCAGGGGCUACUCUUCAUUGUGGUGUGCGGGUUUCUCAUUGCGGUGGCUUCUCUUGGUGCAAAGCACUUGCUCUAGGCACACGGGCUUCAGUACUUGCAGCACCCGGGCUCAGGUAGCUGUGGCACCACCAGGGAAGUCUCCCCCCCUUUUCUUGGCUGUGGGGCUUGCGGCAUGCGGGAUCUUAGUUCCCCUACCUGGGCCCUCAGCAGUGAAAGUGCAGAUUCCUAACUGCUGGACCACCAGGGAAUUCCCUAAAGCUUUUCAUUUCGUAAUAAUUUUAGACUUACAGAAAAGUUGCAGCAAUACACAGAGUUCCCGAACGCUGUUCACCCAGCUUCCUCUGAUGUGAACCUCCUAGGUAACCAUGCUACAAGCCAGGUUAUCAAAGCCGGGAAAUUAACAUCAACCAUCAUCCUAUUACCUAACCUCUAGACUUGGUAGGAUUUGGCCAGUUUUCCCUCUCCUGUUCUUCCGGGCCAGGAUUCCACGUUGCACCUCCUGUUUUGUCUCCUUACUCGGUGAUAGCUCCUCAGCCUUUGUCUGUGUUACGACCUGUUUAAAGAGUUCUGCCUGGUUAUUUUGCAGAACGUCCCACAAUUUGGGCUUGUCUGAUGUUUGCUUAUGAUGUAAUUAACGCCAUGCAUUUUGGGCCAGAAUCCCACAGGGUCCCUCUUAGUGCAUCGGACGGGUGGGUCCACGAUGGCAAAAUGUCUCGUCACUGACGAUGGAACAUCAUACGUGAUUUUUUUCCCAGUUGGUUCAUCCGAGUCAGGACCCAAACAAAGCCCACAUGUGGCAUUUGGUUGCUGUAUCUCUUAAGUCUCUUUUCAUCUAUAACCAUCACCCAAGCUUUAUUUCUUUGCCAGUUAUUUAUUGAAGAAACCAGGUCAUUUGUCUGGUAGAGUUUCCCAGCCUCCUGAUUGGUGAGUUGCUUCCCAGGUGUGGAUUAAUGGGUUCCUCUGUCCCCUGUGAUCCCUGUGAAUUGAUCUACUUAGAAACACGAGCAGACUUCCUAGGUGGUGUGAGCGUCACCAGACGACACAUAACAUCUAGUUUGUUUUCUCUCUGUGUCUGUGUCUUUCUCCAUAAGACAUGUAACAACAUAACACCCAGUUGGUUCCCUCCUCUCCUUGUUAAAAUGGACCAGUGUGUCCAGGGGUCUGGUUCAUCCACUGUGAAUUUCCCCAUGAACCCUCUCCUACUGGUCUUAGUGGUCACUGAUGGUCAUUGCUUUUAGAUACAUCAUUAGGGCUUGUCAGAAUGGUGACUUCAAAUACUUUUCAUUUCUUCUGCAUUGUCUGGAAUUUUUCUAUCAAAAAAACCCCCCAGCUCACCCAAAAGAACUGAAAGCAAGGUCUUGAAGAGAUAUUUGUACACCUGUGUUCACUGCAGCAUUGUUCUCAACAGCCAACAGGCAGAAGCUACCCAGGUGUCCAUGGAGAGAUGGAUGGAUACACAAAUAUGGUCCAUCCAUACAGUGGGGUAUUCAGCCUGAAUGUGGAGGGAGAUUCUGACACACGCUACCACAUGCGUGAACCUUGGGGACCUUAGGCUCAGUGAAAUAGCCAGACACAGAAGGACAUAUACUCUCUGACUCCACUCCCAGGAGGUCCCUAGAGGAGUCAGAUCCACAGAGCCAGGAAGUAGAUGGUGGGGCCAGGGGCUGGGGGAGGGAGUGGGGAGUCCGUGUUUCAUGGGAACAGAGUUUCAGUUUGGGAAGAUGGGAAAGUUGUGGAGAUGGAGUGUGCAGAUGGAUAAUGUGAAUGUAUUUAAUGCCACUGAGCUGUGCACUUAAAAAUGGUUAAAAUGGUAAUUUAAUGUCACAUGUAUUUUUACCACAAUGUAAAACACUUUUUAAAAUGGAGUAUGAUUUUAAAAAGCUUUCCCCUGUCAAGUAAUUCGUUACCUGGAAAUAAAGGCUGUGCAGGAAAGACAGGGUAAAUGCCUGAUUCUUGACUUUUCUGUAGCAGUUUUAACAAUAAUGAGUUAUGAGUUACUUCCUCAAUAUCCACAAAAGAUCACCAGAGAGUUUUUUUUUUCUCUUUUGUCUGUGAACUCAUGGAUGUAACGUGGGAUGUGUUUCUAUCCACUGCAUGUCUUA